GGCCGAGUUCCCUGAGCCAGGCGGCCACUGGGGAGAGCGGAGCACGGCCGCUGGAAGCAGGCGAAGUAGAACCGCGAUGUUCCGAAUCGAGGGCCUCGCGCCGAAGCUGGACCCGGAGGAGAUGAAACGGAAGAUGCGAGAGGAUGUGAUCUCUUCCGUACGGAAUUUCCUCAUCUACGUGGCCCUGCUCCGAGUCACUCCUUUUAUCUUAAAGAAAUUGGAUAGCAUAUGAAGAUUGGGCAUCACAUGUGAAUGCAUGGUAUGAAGAACCUGGUUACAGUUUCUACUCCUAUCUGCAAGUGAAUAGGCCCAGAAAGUUGUAAGAGACUCUGAUUGAAUGGACAUAAAAAUUCUACUUGUUAAGAACAAGUUUGGCUCCAGUAACUGACCUUCAUAGCUAAAAUAUAAAACUAUUUGGGAAGUAUAAAAAGACGUCUUGUCAUAUUGUGCCCCCUUAUGCCUGUGAUAUUCAACCUCUGUGAAUGUUGGUGUAAUCGUAAAUAAUGUCAAAUUUCAUUUUCUAGCAAGUAUUAAUUAUAAGGGAAUUAUGUCUGAAA